ACCUGUAAAAACCUAAUGGAGAAAUGGUGUUUCAUCAAAUUUAUCAGAGUAGCAAACACUUCCUCACCGUCUUCUGCCAUUCCUUUUCCCCCUUUCUCGUUCCGCCACCGCCGGCGCCGGAAGUAACCACCACCAAAUCUCCGCCCUCCUCCUCCUCCUCCUCCUCCUCCUCCUCCGCCUCCCCUCUCCUUCUUCCCCGCCCAUCCGCCUCUCUCAAUUCCCCUACCGACGAACUUGCUUCUUCUGCAGAACAUACGUACACGAAUCAUCAAGUUAUGGCGUCGAAUUCAAAUCCAGUUCAUCACACUGAUACGGGGAACAAACCUAAAUCACAAUUCAAUUCAACAGUGUGUUUGACAGAUUGGUGGUUGGUUAAGACUGAAAACGAGUUCGAAGCGAAACCGCAGCUCGCAGUUGCUGGUUUUACUUCUCGAGAAAAACAGGCCAUGCGAGUCUUUUCAUCUGCCUCGAUUCUCAAGAGAUAUGAUAUUUUCACUAUUGAAACCACAGAUGGAAUAUGUGUUAUUCUCAAAGGUUUCAUAAACAUAGAUCGCACGCUAGAAAACGGUUUUCCAUCUGAUGUAUUUGACCAUUUUCGUUUUGGCUUUCCUCCGUACUGGAAGGAGUAUGUGGAGAAUUUCAUGGCUAAAGAAUCGAGCCGUAAUGAAGUUUCGGGAUUUAACAUUUCUAAAGUACAAUCGCCGCAAUCUCGAACAAUGGAGGCUGAGCAACCACGUGUAGACAAUCUUGAGAAGGAUUUAGGAUCGCAAGACAAAACAGAUGUCAAACGACAAAGAAAAAACAAGAAAAAAAGUUCUUCUGCAGUUUCACCGACUAAAAAAUCCAACAGUGUAAUUAGUUGUUCCACUGUUGAAAAGGACUCUUAUUCUGUAGGUCCCACUGUUGAAGAUCUCUCGAAUUUGGACAUGCCGGUGAAUUGUGAGACGAAUAAAAUGAAGUCAUUAAACAUCAAUAAUCCAGCUGUCACUGAUAAGGUUGUAGAAGGUUCUAAGAUUCGUGGUACUGGAAGAAUUUUAUCUGCAUGUCGUUUUCGUAAUAAGCCCGCGAAUGAAAAUACGAUUGCUAACCCGAGGAAGAACAAUCUUGAAAGGAACAAGAGCUCAUCAGAGGAUAUUUUUAGUCAUUCCGAGGGUACAGUUUCCACGCGUUCAAUGAGUAGUUUGAAAAUGAAACGAAAGAACGAUCAAACAUCGGUUAGAAUGUCUGUAGGUGAAAAGAUCUCAAACUGUAUUUCAUCCAUGGGACCUAAAAUAGUAGAAUUUGCAGAUGUUGAUUGCGAAACUCGAGACAGAAAUAUCUGGGAUUUCGAGUUUAGUGAAGUACACGAGCCUACAGAUAAAAUUAAAGUGAGCAAUUUAGAUGCUGGUUCGGUUAUAGGUAAGUCCGAGCAAAUUUCUCGAACGCCAAGUAAGGAUAAGGACUCGAGAAAGGUCAAAACUGCAGGCAGAAAGAAGGCAAAGCACAAAGCAACAGGGUCGUUGACUACUGUUGCUUCUGCUAAUAAUCAAAAGGAUAAUGUAAUUCCUGACGUAAAUUGUUUAUCUGAGAAGACAAAAACAUCGGUUACGAAGACCAGAAGAAAAUUAGCAUAUGAAACUCCUAGCAAAGAAAAGAUUAAAGUACCGAGUGCUUCACCUCAAUCUAUUACGAGUGUCAAAAGAUCUCGAUCGGGGAGAUUACUGACGCCUACUUUGGAGUUUUGGCGCAACGAAAGGGCAAUUUAUAAGGUUGUUUGUCUUAACUUACUAUGCUUACCUGAGUUUCUGAUUUACCUUCUCUACUGUGGAGUGGUUAAUUAAUUAAUAAUGCCGUUAACAGUUCACGCAAAACAUCUUUUUAAGUCUUUAUCGGAUGUCAAAUCAUUAAUUGACAAUCCAUAAGGAAAAUUGUUUGGAAAAUAUGUUUAUUGAGCAUUUCAUGGAUGUGCGGAACAAUUUAAUAUUUAACAGGAAAUUUGCAUCCUUGACCCAAUUAUACUUUGAUCAAUGUAAUAACUUUAUUCUUGCAUUACGUUUUCUCCUGUUAUAGAAUUUUGUUAUAACUGGUGAAAAAUUAACCAAAUUUCUUGACCCGAGCAUAAGUUUUUUUUUCUUCUUAAUUACCAUGUUUUGGCUUUUUAAAAGCUCGUUUUGUUGAGAAUUGAUAUGAAAUGUGUAACG